AUGUGCUCGUCAUCAUCACUUACGUACCACACACUCCGCUUGACCUCCCUUGAAAUCGAUCCUGCCUCAUUCAGUUCCACACACGAACGCGAGAUUGCGUUCACGCCUGAAAUCUGGGCACAACGGCUUGCAUCAUGCUUCAAGCGCACGUUUAUCGCCUCCGUGAAGGAUGAAACAUGGGUCGGAAUGAUCUCGGUACUCGGACCUUCUGAACUGAUACCCGCCACGUUGGAACCAUUCGAGAGGGCGGGCACAGGGGCAGACUGGGAUAUGUAUUUCGUAGUCGGGUUGUGGGUGCACCCAGAGCACAGGGGAAGAGGUUUAGGGACACGUCUGACGGAAGAAGGGCUGGAAUGGGCACGGACAAAUAUGGAUUCGAAAAAUGAUUCAGAGGAGAAGAGAGAUAGAAUAAUCAUAUUGCUGGUCGGGGAUGAUAAUGCGAGCGGCCGCGCCCUUUAUCAAAAGGUGGGCUUCACGAACUUGACAAGCAUGCCGCCAAGGGAAGGAAAUAGUUACAUGAGUAUGAAGGUUGCAUGA